AUGGCAGCGUACAUGAGAAGCGUGAUAAGUGUGUUUUCCACAGAACGGAAUGGUUUUUUUCUUAAGGGAAGUGGUAUCAUUUUGGAGUCUAAGCGGUAUGUACGCGGACUGAGAAGGAAGCCUGUCAAAGUGUUGUUUCCCGACGAUGAACCGGACAAAGUCCUCAAACCGACGCCGCAGUCUCAGCCUGCAGUGCCAAAAGUCAAGAAGGAAAGGGAGGUAAAAGUCACAUCUUCAGCAAGGCGUCACGAAGAAAGUGACUUUGUCAAGGCCAGGAAUAAUGUGCAGUCAGCUACAAAGAGUGCUGAAGCUACUGUUACAAACGAUCAAAUAGAUGGACUGCGCUUCGAGAGGGCUUUCCCUGGAGAUAAGAGACUGGCGAGGUUAGUGAGUGUUGCUCGUUCAAGGACAUUUCGGGAGCACCAGGGAAAAAUCCUCCUGGAGGGCAGGCGUUUGAUCUGUGACGCGCUGGAUGCUGGAGCCAUCCCACAAAUGGUGUUCUUCAGUACAGUGGAUCGGCUCCGAGAGCUGCCCUUAGACAAGCUGAAAAGGGCGACACUGGUCAAAGUCAAGUUUGAGGACAUCAGGACCUGGUCUGACCUCGUGGCCCCACAAGGGGUGAUCGCCAUAUUUUCUCGCCCGCAACCGUCACGAUUGGACUUCAUAAAUCGAGAUCAUACUGUGCCACUGUCCCUGAUAUGUGACAACAUCCGAGACCCUGGCAACUUAGGGACUAUAUUGCGAUGUGCUGCUGCGGCUGGCUGUCAAAACGUCCUGCUCACCAAGGGUUGUGCUGAUGCUUGGGAGCCUAAAGUUCUGCGUGCAGCAAUGGGUGCCCAUUUCCGCCUUCCCAUACAUCCCAGCUUGGACUGGGGUGAUAUUGAAAAUCAGCUCCCUAAAGCUGUGACUGUGCAUGUGGCUGACAGCAGCUGUGGCGCUGACAUAAGAAGAGAAACAAAGGAUUCACAAGUUAAUGUGUCCCACAAACAAUCCAAAGUGGGAGACUAUGGCUGGGUCAGCACAAGGCCUAAUCACAGAAACAUGCGGUACGAGGAGUACGGUUCGGAUUCAGAUUCAGAUUCAGAUUCAGAUUGUGAAUCUGAGGGACUGUCACUUCCCAAAGUGGACUCAAAGCUGUACCAUGAGAGCUGGGCUCAGAGUCCCACUGGUCUUGUGAUAGGUGGAGAGACACAUGGUCUCAGUCUAGAAGCACUCCAGUUGGCUGAGAAAACAGCUGGUCACAGGCUCUUUAUUCCUGUUGUUCCUGAUGUGGACAGCUUGAAUUCGGCCAUGGCUGCCAGUAUCCUUCUGUUUGAGGGCAGGAAGCAACUGUUAAAAGUAAUGCAGACAUGUGGGAGGAAAUGGAAAUCUUCAGCUCAAGAGCAGCUUAAAUGAUGUUAACUCUAAAUAUCAGGAUGUGACUUAUUGUGCAUAUGUGUUGCUGUUAGUACAAAAUGAACAGAAUAAUAUAAAUUUCCCUUCUGACUCCUGCCUGCUAAUAAUAAAACUCUGAAUUCACUCAGGGAUUUGUGAAAAGA